AAAGAACAUGUACAUUGAACUGUGCUACGUGUCAAUUUGUAGCAAAAGGGCAUUCAUGUUGUUGUGCAUCCAUCUAACGACUUUACCUUCUAGAUACCAUCACUUGCCCGACUACAAAGUCAUGGGAAACUUGUGCCGCAGACUUGUUGGUGUUGUGGUCCUUCUUGCUGUUUUUUCAGGAAACGCUGUUACACAGCUUUAUGGUCAAGAUGCUGUCCAUCACAAUCUACUAAAUGGGAAAACACUGCGUGUAGCGUCGGUAGAGAUUUUGCCGUUCGUCGAAUUUGUCCGAAACGAAAACGGAGAUAUCACUGAAGGAAGAGGAUUUUCUUUUGAAAUCCUCAACGCCCUUAUGAAAACUUACAAUUUCUCGAUCACGAUUAAAGUUCCCAAGGACGAAGCCUAUGGAGGAUUAUUGCCAAACGGAACGUGGAAUGGAAUGAUUGCGAUGAUCCUGAAUAAUGAAUCGGACGUGGGCAUCGGCUCGUUCUCCGUGACUCAUGCGCGUCAUCAGGUCGUCGAUUUCACUGUUGCUUAUUAUGAAGAAUCUAGUGGCAUUAUGAUUCCUGCGCCAAUUCGCGGAAAACAGCUGUCGACCUUCAUCAAGCCUUUUCAAUUACAAGUUUGGAUGAUACUAAUGGGCAUCCUUGUAGUCCUACCCUUCGUUAUGUGGAUCCAAUCCAAAUUGCUAACCAAAGUACAACGCACAAAAAGACGCAAGAAGCAGCUGGCGUUUGUCUAUGGAGUUCUUCUGACGCAAUCUGGACAGAAAAUUCCUGAAAAGGAGCACUCUUUACGAUUGCUGGCUAUGAUUUGGUUUUUGUGCGCCUUGGUGUUUAUUCACGCUUACAUAGGAACACUUGUAUCAUUUUUGAGCGUCCCAAAUCUGAAACCUGUUAUACGGUCACUAGAUGAACUGCCCGAUUCAGGACUUGGCUGGAUAGUUUGGAGUGGAUCAGACCUAGAAUCAUUGUUUUUGGAAGCAACAGACGGCAUAUACCGCAUCAUCGGUGACCAGUUACGCCAGUACCCCGAAAGAUUGGUCGACUCCCUCGUUGAAGGAGAACAAGCCGUUAAAAAAGGAGGUUUUGCCUACAUGAAUAAUAAGGCAAGAAUUAAAUAUGCCGUUGAAAAGGACUUCAUUAGCUCUGGUUCUACCUGCACUAUGGGCGUCGCCAAGGAAACAUUUUAUAAAGUCAAUCAAGCAUUUGCGGUGCCUAAAGGAAGUCCCAUUGGAGCAUUUUUAAACAGAAAGAUCCUCGUGAUGUUGGAAAGUGGAUUAAUGGAGCACUGGCGAAUGAAGCAUCUGUCCGGGAAAGAUCACUGCAGCACAUCACAUUCUUACGGAGCACUUCUACGCAAACUUGACUUUGACGAUCUUCAAAGCGCGUUCCUCAUCUGGUUCGUAGGAGUGUGCAUUGCAUUUAUGGUUUUCGUAGUCGAAAACAUCUUUUACUUCAGCGGGAAAACAAGGCACCGCGGAACUUGGUGAGUCAACUAGAAUAAGGAAUUUUCAAUGUGUCUCUCAUUGAUUGUUACUUGUAGAAUUUGAAGAAACCUAUAAAUUCGCCAGCAGUAAAACAAAACAUAUGGCCGAUAGAAUUCUUUAACUCACACGAAAGUUUAUUCACGUGGAUGAAUCUUUUAUGCUGCUUCAUGGAUAUUUUUCGUUGGUUGAAAAUGGCUGAUUGUUUGUUGCUUGGAGCUAUAGCUCUGUAUCACAAAAUGUGAUGUAGUGGCCGAUUUUUUUGAUCGAUCUGAAUCCGGUGAAUCCAAGCAUAACUUUCCGGAAUACCUAGCAACCGCCGGAACAUGUUAAUCAAACGAAUUAACAAUACAAGCCACUUUGCGACAUGUUGAAACAUUCAGUCCGUGAACUUCUAGCUGAGCCCCAUCAUGCAUAAACUGGGACAUCAAAUUUUUCU